AUGCAUGUUCUCCAUUCAUUCUACGCGGCUCUAUCAAUAUGUGCUUUGGACAAGUCGAUCGCAAAGCGCGACCUCGAAGUGCAGCGAGAGAAUGGAGAUGCAAAACACACAUACGGUCGCUUACCUCAUGAGUCGGCCACAGGCGCCAUUCAAGAUAUCAUUACAACCAUAAAGAAGAAACCCAGGUAUGAUGGGCCGUCGAGCACUCAGGGCGGGGCCCAGAAAGUGAAGAGGAAGAAAGAAUCGGUGACAGCUUCAGGAUCAGGCGAACGCACGGUGCGAGACCUCGAGGUCACUAGCGAGCCAAACCGGACACGAACGACUGGUUCUGCCAGCAGCGAGUUGAGGAGGCGCCAGAAUUGUGCCACUCCAGAGGAGAGUACAGUUCAAUUACCCGCAAGGCAGGUGACAACAAACAUCACGAGCAACGCGCAGAAUACAUCAAGGUCAAGGUUCCGCCCCCGCCUUCCACGGUCGAUGUUUCGAGCGAAUACUGCUGUAGCAGCACAGGACGUCGACACAAACCAACAUCCGGCAGAAGUCCCUACAGCUCUGCCUCCAGAAGUCACGUCAGCACGUUCAAGUCUGGAGCAAUCAGAGAGAGCCGCGUCUGGUCAGCCCGAUGUGCCCCCACAUCCACCCGCAAAGGACGCCCACGAUGUGCUUGCAAAGCCAAACCAUUCACUGGACCCUGAAGAAUCACACAAUACCUUUCGCCAGCCUGGUAUGACUCGUCGGCAGUCAAAUGCUUUUGUAUUUGAUCCAGUAUCUCGAAAUUUGCGUGAGAGCCUGUCAUCUUCAAUUAUAAAUGCAGCGGUCGCCCCAACAACCCCACUUGCUGGCAGCAUUCUCGAUCUUAGAGACGAUCGAUUUCCCGCUGCCGCCAGCCCUUAUCAAUUGACGGAGGUCCAGGCCCAGCUCCUAACCCGGCUGCCACCACAGGCUCGAGCAGAGAUUCAGGCACAGCGUGUACACCAUGCAGAAAGGCUCGCGAAGGAACCGCUCAAGAUGCGAGCAGCAACACAUAGCCAAUUUGCAGCUGAGAUGCAAGCACGGAUGGAGGCUCAGCUUAAUUCCUUGGGCAUGGAUGAUGCAGACUUCGACGAUGGCUUGGAAGAGUCAAAUUUCAUUGGGUUAUGAGGCUUUCCUCAACCCAUCUGCACGACCG